AAGCGUAAGCCUCCCGAGCUCCAUCUCGACUUGGUCGGUGCGCCCAUAAAUUGCAAGCUCCGCUUCUUCAUCUCGUCGCUUCCAUCGAUCCAUCCACCCCUCAUGGCGACGGUGGCGGCGGCAGCAUCCCCCUUCGCCGCGCCGCACGAGAUGAUGGCGCGCCCGGCCGCCGCCGCGCCGGAGGCGACGAUGAUGGAUUUGGGGCAGCUGCUGCGGCUGACGGACUUCGACAAGAUCGCCAACCUCGGCGACGGCGCCUCGGGCGUGGUCGCCAAGGUGCUGCUCCGCGGCUGUGGCUCCAGCGCCGUGUUCGCGCUCAAGACCGCGCACUACUGCGGCGGCGGCGCGGAGGUGGAGGUGGAGGCGCUCCGCCGCGUGGCCGCCGGGGCCGGGCCAUCGGGCUCGUGGUCGCCGCACGUCGUGCGGUGCCACGCAGUGUUCCGGUGCGCCGGAGGCGAGCCCGCGAUGCUGCUCGAGCUCAUGGACGCCGGGUCGCUCGGCCGCGUCCUCGCCGCCCGCCGCGGCGGCGAAGGGCGGCGCGGCCUCCCGGAGCCCGCGCUCGCCGAGGUGGCCGCGCGGUGCCUCGCCGGGCUGGCGCACCUGCACUCCCGCGGCGUCGUGCACCUCGACCUCAAGCCGGACAACCUCCUCGCCAGCGCCCGCGGGGACGUCAAGAUCGGCGACUUCAGCGUGUCACGCAUCUUCCUCGGCGGCGCCGGCGAGCGCCUCCGGGUCCCGGUCGCCGCCGGAUCGACGGCCUACCUGAGCCCGGAGCGGUUCGAGCCGAACGCCCACGCCGGUCCGCGCGGCGCGUGCGCCGCCGACGUCUGGGCCCUGGGCGUGACCGUCCUGGAGCUCUUCCUGGGUCGCUGCCCCAUCCUGCCCGUCGGCGAGAGGCCGUCCUGGGAGAGGCUCAAGAAGGCGAUAUGCGACGGCGAGGCGCCGUCGUUGCCGGCGAGCGCGGCGGCGUCGGCGGAGCUCCGCGGGUUCGUGGCGUCGUGCCUGCACAAGGACCCGAGACGGCGCGCCACGGUGGCGCAGCUGCUCGCGCACCCGUUCGUCGCUCGCCGCGACGGCGAGGCGUGCCGGCGCCAGCUACGGGAGAUCAUCGUGGAGACCAUGUAGGAGUAGAGAAGAGAAAAUCUCAUCAUGUAAAAUUGUAGAUCCUUGUGCAAAUUCUUGAGUAGAGAAGCGAAACAUCUCAUCAUCAUGUAAAAUUGUAGAUCCUUGUGCAAAUUCUCGAGAUCAAUUGCACUUCAAUUGAUUUUUUGUAUUUUAUCCUGUAUACUAGCGUAGUCUUGUACGCUGCUAGGGGAUGUUGAGAUUUGAGAAGGAAAAUCUAAAAGUUUCCGUCCACGUUUUAGGUGGUGUUCUUUUUUUAAUUAAGAUAUAGAUUUUAUCUCGAUUUUCAAUUUUCAUCAUUAAAUUCUAACGGUAGGAAGCAACAAACUAUAACCAGAUCAAUUAUUUUUACCCUCCGUCCUAAAUAUUUGAUGCCGUUGACUUUUUUAAACAUGUUUGACCGUUCGUCUUAUUAAAAAGGGUUAAUUUGAUCCAUGCCACUGCAAUUUUGCCUAUUUAGAAAAAUGCUAUUAUAAUUUGUGUAUUGAUAACCAUGCCACUAGAAUUUUUCAAAAUUGGUGAUAUGCCACUGCCGUCGCGUUUCCAUCCUCCCCCCUGCCUUUUCCGUCUUCUUUCACUGUUGUUCACUUCGGCAAGGUUAGCGCCAGGAGCCGGACGUAUGGCACGCGGCGCUCGCUGGCGGCGGCGGGGAUCUACUCGGCGCCGGCGUUCUUGGCCUACCUGGCGGCGGAGGCGUCGCCCGUCCACCCGCUCGCUGCGCGGAACAAGGCCCGCGCCGCCGCCACGCUGGUGCAGGCAUGGCGCGCCCGCCGUCAGCCUCACCAUGGCCGUGCCUACCAUGGCUCCCCUCCCCGUGCCCCUGCCCAUCGCCCCCAUCCCAGUCUCUCCUCCGCGAGCCUUACGCCUGCCUCGGCAGCCGCCGUCGCCGUCGCCUCUACCUCCGCGGCGGGAGGAGGAGGGGGCGGCGGUGAGGCUGAGUACGAGGUCUCCGAUGACCACCGUGCUGCGCGGGAGCGCCAUGAGCGCGUGGUGCAGGAGCUGCUCCAGCGCCGCCGCACCUUCGCCAUGGCCGUGCCUACCAACGACUUCGCCGUGCGGGCGCGCCUCCGCCGCCUCGGUGAGCCCGUCACGCUCUUCGGCGAGCGCGAGAUGGAGAGCCAGGACCGCCUCCGCGCCCUCAUGGUCUGCCUCGAGGCCGACGGCCACCUCGACCGCCUCGUCCGAGCGCAGGAGAAGGAGCAGGGCGGCGCGAGCGCCGAGGAGGAGGAGCUGGCCGCGACCGACUGCCGCUGGCGCACGGCAAGGCUGCGCCCGGCACGGACCGAGAUCUGUGCCAGGCAGUGGCAACGAACUCCGGUCACCCCAGUCGCUCCCCGUCCACAGCCGGAUCGGAGUCGAGGUCAACCAGGGGCCGCCCCCAUCGCUAAUCCCGCCGCCCCGCCCCCAUUGCUGCUCCUCGUCCACAGCCGACAUCACUGUCGUCGGUGCACAGAGAGGUAGACCGGGGCGUCGCGUAGGAGGACAGCGGCCGCCGGAUCUGGGUCGAGGUCGACCGGGGCAAACGGUCGCACGGCGGCAUGAGGGCGAACUCCGGCCGCCCCGUCGUUGCUCCCACCGCCGCCGCCAAUUGCCGCCGCCGCAGCCGCCCUCGCGCCGCCCCCAUUGUUGCUCCUCCUUCUCCGCCGCCACCGCCGGUUACCGCCCUUGCGCCGACCUCACGCCGCCUCUAGCUGUGUCGGCCAUGGCGCGAUGGCCACGAAGAAGAUGGAGAAGGAAGGAAGAAGACGGAAAUGGAGAGGAUGGAUAGAAAAGGUAAAAUUGCAGUGGUAUGGAUCAAAUUAACACAUUCAAAAAAUAAGACUAGCGCGCAGUGCGACACGGCGGCGGCGGUGGUGGCCAGCAACUCCCGGUACGGGACGACGGUGCGGACGAGCUCCUAGCUACCCACUGCAUCGGCCUGACACCGCAGGCUGGUGUGGACGAACUCCUACCCAGUGCAAUAGCAACCGAACUCAGUAAAUAAAGGUGGAAAAGAUGAUGUACUAAGGAAAUACAAGUGGUGGAAGAUGCUAGAAGCUUCUAGAAGGUACAUGAAGAAAGAAGGUAGGGAGGAAGAAGAUCGACAAGGUGCCUAGUGGGUUUUUUGUCCCGUUUGCACAGGGAUGCCUAGUGGGUUUUUUUUAUCCCGUUUAUCCCACUUCUAUUUUAUUUUUUCUUCUAAAUUUUGUAUUAUCAUGCGAGAAAUAAACUAGCAAGCGGGUUUUUAUGUGGGUA